AUGUCCGCAGCCAGAAACAAGAUCCAACAACUCCUUGCCAACAAUGAAAAGUUCGCAAGUUCUUUCCCCGGCGCGCCGCAGAUGACACAAAUACAGGCCACGCGAGGAGCACCAGGGGCAGAAAUAUUAGUCAUUCUGACCUGUUUCGAUCCCCGUUGCGUCCCCGAAGCUUUCUUUGGUCCGGACUUGCAAGCCGCAGUUUUCCGAAACGCUGGUGGUCGAGUUACCGAGGACGUAAUACGGUCGCUCAAUAUCUUGCGUGCGGUCGUUAGUCUCGAGCUUGUGGCUAUCGUUCAUCAUACCGAUUGUGGAAUGAGCCACGCGACUGACGAAGAAGUCCGCGCCUUUGCAAAGUCCAAGAAUCCCGCAGCUGCAGCGGUGGUCGACAAGAUUGACUUUGGCAUGUGGAAAGAGGAACACCUCGAAGAGACGGUAAGAGAGGACGUCCGCAAGCUCAGAGACGAGACGAGCCUUGAUGGUCUGGAUCUCCUCGGGUUCGUACUAGAUACCCAGACAGGAGCCGUGAAAGACGUUGAAAUCUAG